CUAGUCUGGCUCUCUGUCAGUCAAUUGCUUGCUGUCAAUAAGAAAUUUGCGAAAAAUCGCAUUAUUCUAUUAUUUUAUCGCUAUUUCUAAUAAAACUAUUUUAUGCUCUUAUAACAUACUGUAGCGUAUGCUUCUGUGUGAUUUCUUGUUUUAUUCGACGUAAAUUAUGGUGUGCAACAUCUCUUUCACGUUCAGUAUACUUCAAACAGCUGUUUUCUUGUAAAGAUUGCCACCAAAACAAUCAUGUGCUGUUAAAAAGUAAGGGCUGUAGCUCCUCCGGGAGCUACCUCGUAGCUGAGUUCUACUUUGUACCUGUUACUUGCUCAUUGACAUUAAUUGCAUAAUCACUCACAUAUCUCCAAGCAUUAUUUACAAGAAUCUAGUCAAUAGAAAAAUCUAUAUAUUUUACUGACUACGGCACUAAACCGUACAAAAUGAGUAAGCACAAAGCGGAAGUAGAUUGCACUGCUCGGUGCAGAUCUCGGAGCCAUGGACAAGCACUGACCAGUGCUAUAACAAAAAGGUCUAUAAGUGAUCAAGCUCUAGCCAGCUUUAUUAAAGGAACAUGCGCCAACUUUGUCAAGGCAUUCGAUUUUGAGGGUCGCACAGCCCUUCACACCGCGGCGUCUCGCGGCCGCAUUGCCCUCAUGGACUGGUUGAUCCGCCACUCCUCCAUAGCAUUUAUCAACGCCCGCGACCGGGAAUCUGGGUACACCCCACUACAUCGCAGUGUGUUCUACGGGCAGAUCCAUGCAGCCGUCGCUCUCAUGAAGAUAGGUGUAAACACGGACAUAGUGGACAAAGAUGAUUACAAGGCUCUAGAACAUUCGAUGCUGGACCGCCAAUACAUGUACAAACACGAAGGCAGCCAGCCGAGCGAGGUGUACGUGUGGGGCAGUAACUGCAACUACACCCUCGGCACGGGCACACAACAACAAAGAAAUUCGCCCGAACUACUCACCUGUUUCAACAGAGCUAAUACUUGCGUCAAACAAGUUUGUUUAGGCAAGUUUCACAGUGUGUGGUUAUCCGGCGAGGGUGAGGCGUGGUGCUGCGGCCAGCAGGCCCGCGCUGGAGGCCCGCACGCGACCUCGCUUCGCCCCACGCCGCUCAAGUUAGCGGAACCCUGCGUCGCCAUCGCCAUCACGCUCAACUCCACCAUAUUCUUGAUGGAAAGUGGAACGAUACUUCAAUACGCGCUGAACAGUACGGACAAUGUGAGCCAGUCCACGACGAAGGCCCCGGCCUCAAUAAAGUUGGCGUCAGUGAAGCCCCUGCUGAAGUUGUCGGAACCCCUCGGUGUGUGCGGGGCGAAGGCCCACGCCGUCGUGUGGAACACCCGCGCCGUGUACACAUGGGGCCACAAUAACGGACAGUUGGGACAUUCCAAUGAGGACAAGUUCGUCCCUGCACCGAAGCGGGUGGCUAUAUCAAUGAAUAACAAGGAAGAAGCGGGUAUUCAACUAGUUGACGCGACGGACGCGGCUACAGUAAUCACCACCAGCCGCGGCGAUGUGUAUCUGCUACACAAGUACAUCUGCAAGAAGAUUGCUAUCAAACAAAUUAAUCUGCGCCAAGUGUGCGUUGAGGCGAAGGUGAACGACCAGGGCUCGUACUCCCGCGUCACAGUGCUCCUACUUACCAACGUGGGACAGCUCUUCAUAUGGCAGGACACCACCAACAAACUUACAAGAUGUGUCUUCGGCCUGGUCCACCAAACUAUAAUAACUCACGUAGCACUCACGCACGACGCUGUCUACUUUACAACUAAAUACGGCGAAGCUUUCGUUGGUACGAUUUCUCGCAAAACCACGCCCACCCCGGUGCCGCAGCCAAUCAAAAAAGAGAAGGAAAGAGACAACAAGUCCCCGCUUGUGAAGUUUUUAGAAAAGGAUGACUGUACGUCUGUGAGGAUCUCGAAGAUACCGAAUAUUUAUAGAGCAGUGUCUAUCGCUGUGGACAGCGAAGGACUCAAUUUUGCGUGCUUACAGAUAAAACCGACAUGCGGUCUUCGCUCUCUGCCAGAAUUAUCGCCAACCAGUAUGUCCAAACAUAUGGAAUCUCUGCGGGAAUGCGCUACCGAAGAUGAUCUGCUACACGAUGUGAUCUUUAAGGUCGGCCCAAAAUCGUACCCCGCACAUAUGUACAUAAUAGCCUCAAAUAGCGACCAUCUAUACAAGUUGUACCAAGAGAAACUUGCCCAGACCAACCCGGGAGACAAACCAGAGGUUACAUUGGAGAAUGUGCACCCUGAGGCCUUUGAGAGGGUGAUGAAGUACAUGUAUACUGGCUCCUGUGACGUGGCCGAGUUAGGGCCAUGUGGACUGAAGAUAACAAAGGAAGAGCUGGUCAAGAAGGAUAAGGAAGCUGAUGAAGAGUUGGAGGUGAUCGAAAAUCCGUCAGAGAUAUCGGCAUUCGAGGUGUACAACAAACAGAGCGACAAGGCGAAGCGUCAGCGCAACCGGCGCAACACGGACACUCCGCCGCGCACCCAUCUAUACUGCGACCCCGUCAAGCUGGUGCAGGCCACCGCCAAGCGGCUGCAGGUCAUGGCGCUGCAUAAACUACUCGAUAAAUUCUACUACAAGAACGGGUCGAUAUGUCUGAAAGAGAGUGCAAGUAGCAACUAUUCUCGCAACCCUGCCCCAAGUUGGAGGCGGGAGGCCUUCCCUGAGCUGGUGGAUACUAACGUAGUGUGCAAAGAUGGGGCCGCCAUCCCCGCACACAAGUGUGUGCUCGCUGCGCGUCUCGACUACUUCCAAGGGAUGUUUAUGCACUCCUGGACUGAGAGCAAGAUGCUAUCAAAAGUGACUCUUCCAAUAAAUUACGGGAUCUUACUGCCUGUCAUCAACUUCUUAUACACAGACUCGUGCCCAGAGAUAGAAAACAGUGAUUCUAUCGAUUUUAUCUGCAAUCUACUUAUAGUCGCUGAUCAAUUAUUCAUAACGCGACUCAGAGAGAUGUGUGAAAUCGCUCUAGCGAACUUGAUCAACUUGAAAAACUGUGCGGAACUUUGCCAGUUUGGACAUACAUACAACGCAACACAGCUAAAACAAUGUUGUAUGGAGUUUAUUGCGCUUAAUUUGAAUAGUGUCUUAGAAAAUCGGGCCUUAGACUUACUAGAAGAAACUUUACUUGACGACAUCACUCAGUAUUAUUGCAAAUUCAACCCCAUCAUGUCUUCGAGGGUCAUCACUCCUUUCUUCAAUGCACCCUCAGACGAAAUUAUAGAAGAAUUCGCCAAAAACUAUCCAGUCAACCUAGAACUCACUGACGAGGAAUACAAAAAGGAUGAUAGUAUCAUAGAAAUAGUUAGUAAGAAGAAAAAAGGAAAGAAGAUUGAAUAUACAGAGAGCGAAAAGGAGAGAAUGAGGUACGAAUCUGUGAGCUCAGUGACGUCAUUGGACCUAUCUAAUGAUACAUCCAAGGAUAUAACACUGUCUUUAAGCAAGAUAUCCAAGGAUACAGAGAAAGGAACUAAAGAUAAGCAGGAGAAAUGGACAGAAGUGCCAUCUUCACAGCAGAAACAGCUGAAAGUCGUCCAAGCCAGACUCAAGGCUAUAAACAUUGCUAAAGAUAUAAUGAAUGAAGCUCCCUCCGAAUCUUUUACGAAACUCACGAAGAGUAGUUCUUCAAGUGCCAUGACAAUAGAAAAAUUGCCGACCUCAUCGCGGAUGUCGGUCUCUCCUAAAGAAUCCCCUACCUCUGAAUCCAUUUGGGGUACGCAGGGUAACCUAGUUAUAAGUCACGUGGGACCAAAAUUAUCUCAGAAACAACGCAAAAAGUUGGCCAUGCAAGGCACGGAAACAUCAUCUCAAACUAUUGAUGAUUUCUUUAAUAAGGUAAAUGUAGGUAGUCCACCUGAAAAACCUAAGAAUCCAUGGAAGAUCUGCGAGCCACCUGUUGCCAGUAGCAGUCCUAAAACGAAAACUAUAGAAUUUAAUAAAAUAUUGACGGAUCAGAAGAAGCAGAAGGAGGAUCACUCAAGAAUAAUGACCAAACCGCUUCUCAUGACACAGCUUGAAGACAAAGCUAUAGAGCAAUUGGAAAGAUUCUACAACAUCCAUGAGAUUGAUGAUGAGCUGAUCACAGUGCGACGCAUUGAGCUCCAAGUGUCCUCUCCACAAUGGCUGCACACUGCCCCUAAGUGAUAACAGUGCUAUUUUUACACUUUAAUAUUAUAUUUCCUAUGACCUAAGAUUGUAAUUGUUUAUUUUUACUAAUACAUUGAAAUUACAACCAUUUUGUCUUU